UUCGUCUUCGACAAUUAGUAAUUUUACGCUGAUCUAAAGCACUAGCAUAAUUAGAAAAUAUGUGAUUGGGAUAAUUGGAACACAAUUUUUAAUGAUUUUAACUUCGGAAAAAUGUUGUUAAAAAUCUUUAUAUUUUUCUUGAUAUUAUUUAUUUGGAUAUAUUGGGUGCUUCCUGCUUUGAUUAGUUGGAUACUGGUGAAGAAAUUUAAAGUAAAAGUUCGCAUUGGCCGCAUUAAUCUUCCCUACUUGGCGUUGAAAAAUGUUCAUGUCAGCAAAAGUGGGUUUUCUGUGCAAAUCGAAGAAAUAUGUUUGCGCAGUAGUUUUUUCAAUACGGAGGUAACCAAACUACUCUCGAUUUACAUACGCGAUAUUCGCAUCAACAAAGAUAUACAAACAAAAGGCAAUGGAACAACGGAGGAACCAAAUCGUCGCUCCCACUUUCGUCGAGAAAGUGGGGUCAAAAGUGUGCCAGAUUUUAGGCAAGUCAAGGUGCCACCCAGCAUUUUGACUUGUGCUCAAUUUAUGGCCGUUCACAUCAAUAACAUAUCAGUGGUGCUAAUGAAUAACGAUUUCGAUCCAGGAUGGUUUAUUCAUGCAACAGCAAAAGAGUUACACCUGGAUGGUAGUAUUGUACACAAUGCAAAGACUUUGUUAGUUAAUGGCGUUCUCAAUGAGGCACAGGCUAAAAUGCUCAGACACUGUCCUAUGCGCAGACAAUCUUUGGAAAAUUUAAACAAAAUUCGCCCUUGUCUUGGGGAGUUAAGUUUUGAUAUAGCCCUAGAUGCCACCCUCUACGCCCAGGGCCCACUAUCAGUUGAAAAACUUUCGCUAGCAAUGAACAAUGCAAAAUCGACUAUACAUGGCGGUCUCUACGAUUUUCUAAGCGAAGCCAAGAAACGUACACUUCCAUCACAGGACUCUACCAAAGAAAAACUUGAUAAUUUGUCAAAUCUAAUGACUUCUUCGGCCUCUAAAACCAGUCAAGCCAAAAAUUCAUCUUCAGAUGAUAGUCCAAAGUAUUCAGAUGCAAGCUACCACAAUGAAUGUUACCACAAGAUAGCACCGAUAAUACCAAAGAAUUUUAGUUUCAUCAUAAAAGCGGCCACAUUUUCAGCUGUUAAGGAAAACUCACAAAAUGAUUUUAGUGCAAAAAUGCAAUUAUUUAGCAUUACUGGGGAAUUCGAUUCGAAAUCCUUCAAUGAAGAUGUCCACUUGCCCAGCCUGUUUACGAAAAUUACUUUACAACAUUUAGAUAUUGAUACAAAAUAUGAAAAGCUACUAUUCAUAGAACAGUUUACAAUAGACUCAAUGCUACAAAAUGAUAUUUUAAACUUAUAUGUGAAACUAAAAACGUUUCAAAUUAUUUAUAAUCAUACGGAGAUCUAUGAUUGGGUCCAUAAUAACUUUCUGUCCCGUAAAAGGCCGCAACAGGCAUUGUUACUGCAACAAAAAUCGUUGCCAGAUCAUUUGGGUACAUUGCAGAGUGCCUGGACAGGUGCUAGAGGGGGUGCUGGAGCAGACGGUGGUGAGAGUAAAGUGAAUAGCAAAAAUGGUUUGCUCGAGUGGGUUAUGAAGCAUAUUGUGGUAAAAGGAUGCGCAGAAUUAUGGAAUGUCUCAAUGCUCAUGAAACUGGACGACGAUGAGCAUGCCGGCAUGAGCGUCAGUCAUACCCGUUUAGUGUUAGAACAAACGGAAGAGAAACGCAGUUCGUUGUAUAAGACAAAAGUUUUCAAUCUUUUGCUUAAUCAACGCCAUUGGAGUAUAGAGCUGAUGAUUGAGUCAUUGUGGUGGUCUCUGGGAAAUUCCAUAAAUGACACAAACAAUUUGAAGAAAUCCCACUCGCCAGGCUCUCCAUUUUUCAUUGGGGUAAGUUUGGUUAAAUUGAGUUCCUAUUCGAAUGCCACCAAACUAGAGGUCUCCAUACACACGUUGCGCACCGAGUACAGCAUGACAUUGGCUACAUUUGUGAUAAAAACUGUGUGUUGUAUUAAACAAUACGGUGGCUUAAAAUCAGAUAUGGGCAGCAGAACUAAAGCCAAGGCGUUGGGGCAACAACAAGAGCCUACAGUAAGUUUAUUAGUUUCGGCCAAAAUUAAGGAUAUAACGGCGUACUUUGUCAAUCACCACAAUGCUUGUUUGCUUCUGAGUUUCACUGAAAUAGCGCUUACAAGAUCACAUCCGGUGUCCCAUUUGAAGCUGGAGGAAUUCCAAAUGGCCAUAAUGCGUUCCAUGACAGCCUCUUCCUUGUGUCUUACCGAUUUCACCGAUAUAUUUGCAAAUUGCAAGCAAAUUCGUUUGGAAUAUGAAACGCACGAACAGAAACGGCCAAAAUUGUCAGUGUAUAUACCGGGAAGUACCGAGGCCAUAUGGAAUUCUAAUCUGCACAUGCAUGUUUUGACCUUGGUUAGGGACAUGCAGGAUCUAAAGGCUUCGUUGGCUUUGCCGCAACGACGAACAACUACCUCACCCCAAAAUUCACCUCCAUCGGUCGAUGCAAAUAUGAAGAAACUCAUAAUCGAAUUGUCAGCUGAACGUAGCACUGUCUUCGAAAUAAAGCUAUCCGAGCGUCAUUCUAUGCAAUGGUUCGUUGAGAAUCUAUUUUUCAGUCGCAAGGAAGGCAAUUUUAUUUCAGCCGAAAAUAUAUUCAUUAAAAUCGAUGACGAGCAUAUUUUCACCUUGAAAGAUGUGGAUAUUCAUUCGCUAGCGAAAUUGGAAAUGCUUACUCAGGAGCGCCUGAAUUGUGAGGGGUUUGUUUUUCCCACGAAUAAAGUCUGGGUCACCACCAUUGGGGCUUUCAAGGCCAUCUUUCCCUAUGAUCAUGACUUUUAUGAUGCUGUAAACAAUCAGCUGGUGUCCCAUUUCAAGUGGCUGAAACUUGUACACAACUAUAAGAAGAAACCAUUCACGGCCAGCUCGCCCUUGCCUAGUGAUAUGGUGAUACAGAUUAAAGAAUUUCUUUUGGAAAUUAGUGAUGAUCCCUUCGAAGUUAAACUUCGUGAUAACUAUGUGUUGCUAGUGGAUGAGUACCUUGAAGGUCUUAAGCGCAAAACAUUGUUCGACAAGAAAAUAGCGGAAAUCUGCUCCAAGACACUUUUAGUGCCCGCCGGUACCAUAGAAAGUCUUCAUGCUACUUUAAUUAAGAAAAAUUCCGAAAUUUACAUUCAACGUUCGAAGAAGAUACGAGAAAGUGGCCCUGUGCGAACGCGUCUGCUCGCCUGGAUUAUGACCGAUGUCGAAAUAAUGGCCAUGGCUGAUCCCUCAAUACAUGGAACGAACAAUGUUACACGAAUUAUGCGCGAAAUCGAUUCGGAGAGCCCAUGGCCCGAGGAGGGGUUGGAAUUUACCACACUGUGGUGUCGCAAUGUCCAUGUCAGCUGUUCCGAGUGGAAAUUCAUGCUUAGAGACUUCCCGCAACCCAUGUUCUAUGUCAAAACUAUGAGUUUAUUUGGGGCCCUCUGUGGGGCUGAGCAGGCGGCUUCAAAGCGUGCCAAGCGAGAUGUGUUCAUAGAAGUCGGUGAACCCUUCGGAACAGAUGUGAUACAGCGCAGCAUGACUUCUUUGAAAUUCUACCAUGACUUUAAUUGCGAUCUGGAGGUAUGCAGCUAUGCUUUUGGCCCCUGCUGGGAACCGGUGAUGGCUCAGUGCAACUUAAGUUUCGAGAAAAUAUCAGCACCCUCCAAGGACCCCAGUCCACCUUUGCCAUUUUGGGAUAAAAUGCGUUUAUUGUUCCACGGCCGCUUGACUAUGAUUGUUAAGCAAUUUACUGUUCUAUUGCAUGCCUCCUUGGAUCCCUACAAUACCACCGAAGAAAUGGAAUUGACUUGGAACAAUGCCGGCAUUGUGUGGACCAAUGCAAAAAUUAUGUUCAGAGGAGAAUUAAAUGUGUCUGUGCGCACAGCUUCUCGUUACGACGAUUGCCGUUUGCUGCACUUUCCUCAUUUGAAACUAACCUUUAAACUCAAUUGGGUUUGUUUGGCCAACCCAAAUGAUCAUCACGCCGUAAUGCCUUGUGCCCCCGAUAAACUACCAGAAUAUUCUAGCAACCAAGUGCAUGAUUCCUUUAGAGCAUUCCGUUCGAUCAGUCUAAAUAUAUGGAUAUCGUUUGAAACCAAAUCGAAACCGGGUGUUGAUUUCGAAUAUGAUAUACCCAGUUUAGUUUUAUAUGGCAGUACUUUAAGAUGGUUCGAAAGUCUGAAACUCAUACUAUCGGGUGUGACAAGGCCCACACGCCGAGGUCCCGUUUUCAACAAUGUAAGGCCGCGCAAAAAACAACUUAGUCGUCACUACAAAAAGGCAAAUCUUCAAAUGAGUUUACAUCGUUUUCAAGUUCUAUACUGGAUGUCCCAUGCACGACAUAAAGGUUUUCAACUCAAUGGUGGUCGUGUGUCUUUUAGCUCAGAAUAUUUGUUGUCCUUGUCGCCCAUCGAUGACGGGCUUAUACAUCGGCCACGAGCGGAUUGGUCCACAGUUUAUAUGAACUGUGAACUAAAUGAUGCUGAGAUUUGGUUGAAAAGCAUUGAACCUGAGAAAUUCGAUAGUUUCUCGGAGAAUAUCGCUAAUGCAGACAACUGCAAUAAAGUGCGUUUUUAUUUUCUAAGUGUCGGUCGUGUUUCGUACGGGCGUGAAGCUCUCAUACAGUCCAGCAACGAUGAGGAUGCAACAAAAGCUAAAUCCGGUACCCCGACGCACAAAUUAGUGGUCUAUGAUUUAAAGGGUGCUUGGACGAAAAAUAAUCGUGAUGUGGCCUUUGCUCUAUUCGAUUCGUUUAUGAAAUCGCAAAAACUUAAGAAUAAUCUUUCGACGGAAGCCGUUAAAAGUUAUCGCAAGGAGGGCAAUUCUAGUCUUAUGAAAAAUAAACGAGCAGAUGGUGCUGUACCCAGUUCAUCCACGGAGGUUUUGCCAAUUGCUGCAACUAAUGCCACCAUGAAGAAACCUCAGCCCGCAAGUCAUGCAACGGCCAUGUUGCAACAGCUGAUAGCCGAGGCAGAUCACAAAUUUAACGUGUAUAGCGACGAUCAAACUACUCAGUCAAGAGAAUUGCAAUUGCAAGGUUUACAAGCGUGUUCAGCACAUGAUGUCAUACAUGAGAACUGGUCAAUUUCAUUGGUAAAUUCGCAGGUGCUUCUCAAAGGAUCGGAAACUUCAGGCUAUGUUAUAAUAAGUGCUGCCAAAGCAGAAAUAUUACAGCGAGUUCAUCGUCCAGUAUGGCGUGAUCGUUCAUUGGUAUCGAAAACGACAUGGAAAGGCUUGUUGGAAUGCAUGCAGUAUUAUGCCACGGUGAGCGCGGGAGAACACGACUCUCUUCUGGAGAGGGAAAUAAUGUGGCUGACCGUGGAUAACAUUCAGGAUAAGGAUGAUGCGGUAAUACAUGAUUUGCCCGAUUUACCAGACAUUCCACAUUUGGUGGGCAGUGGCCGCAGUGUUGGUGGUGUGGUUAGCGAAACGGUGGGUGCUUCCUCCAGUGAAAAUUCGGGCGGGAAUCAGCCCAUACAACUGCAACGCAUUGUCUCCCGUUGUAAAUGUGAAUUUUUCUAUGUGAGUUAUGGAGAUACCGUAGAUCCCAAUACCAUAACAGAUAUGCCCCCGCCACCAUCGGAAGAAACACUCUCUCCCUGGGAACGGCAAGAUGAUCCCAUGGAUGCUUUUACCCUUAUGCAUCAUGAUUUAGAUGUGUGUACCAACUCCUUGCAGUAUGCCAUGAUUUUGGACAUAGUCAACAACCUUUUACUCUAUGUAGAGCCGCAAAGGAAACAGGCCCUAGAGAAAUUGGCUCGUAUGCGUUUUCAAUUGCAGCUGCACUCCACCGAAGAUCAAAAGCGACCCAUACAACAAAAGCAAACUCUUAUACGCAGUCUUCUAAUGAAAAUUCGUUCGCUUGAAAAGGAUAUCCAUUUCAUUAGCCAGAGGGUUGAAGAAAGCGAUCCCAUGGAAUGGAAGACAGAAUAUAAUCGCGUGCAAAGACUAAUAAGGGACAGCAAAGAGGAAUUGAAUACUUUAAGCGAAGAAUUGGACAGCAUGCUGCUAUGUUAUAAGGAGACGCAGCUCUCGCAGCUAAGCAAAAUUUCAAAUGUUCGUUCAGAUAAAACCGUCAACAUUGUCAGAGCCAAUGAGAUUUGUUUUAAAAGGGCCCAAUGGCGUUUGACGGAAACCGAUGGGCAAAUAGGUAUUGCCGAUCUGGUCCUGAGUGGUUUUCUGUAUACGAAAAAAUCCAAAAGUGACGAUUCUGUGGAACAUCUUUUGGAAUUGGGCAAUAUACGUAUGAAUAAUUUGAUACCCCGUGAGAUAUACCGUGAGGUAUUGCUUCCCACCGAAAUACAAAAGGAUAUGCCGGUCGAUACACACAAACGUGUACUGCGGGUGUUCUGUCGUGAGAAGCCCCCCGUGGGUGGUAUUUCUGUCAAGGAACAUUUCGAAAUAAAUGUUGCUCCCAUAACCAUAGCCAUUACCAAAAAGUUUUAUUCCACCAUGCUCAAGUUCUGCUUUCCCGAUAGAGACGCUUCCGAAACCGAAGCUGUUGAUGAUCCCGAAGAGAACUCUUCCGGUUCGUCGUCAUCGUCCAAUGUACAAGCGAAAUCCUCUAAGAAACCCUCCAAAUCCAAGAAAUCCUCCAAGGACUCAGAGUUUUAUGUGAAAAUCGAGAAGGAUGAUGUGGAGAAAAUGAAAGAAAGGGCUGAGAAAAAUAAACUUUUUAUCUAUAUAAAAAUUCCUGAGGUUCCUGUACGUGUCAGCUACAAGGGUAACAAAGAGAAAAAUUUGGAAGACAUCACAGAUUUUUCGUUGGUCAUACCAACACUGGAAUAUCACAAUGUGACCUGGACAUGGUUGGAUUUGUUAAUGGCUAUGAAAUCGGUUAGCCGCAAAGUUAUCGUUUCGCAGGCCAUCAAACAAAAGUUGCAGAUACAUCGUCGACCUCCAACCACAAAUCAAAGUGAAUUCUCCUCACCACCCGAAGAGGACAAAGCAGUUAUGUUAUUUGGUAAUCGUUUAGCGGGUGAAAAUCGAAGUCAGCGCCGCGGUGUUUUUAAAUUUGCAUCGGGCCACAAAUAGUUUCUAUAUAUUUAUUCAAUAAAAUUAGAAGUAUUACUCUUAACUCAUAUAAAUCCCAAAUAAUUUAUUUAUUUUCUUUUUGUUUUGUUGUGUAAUCCUAUUUUUGUUUUCCUUUUUUCUGAUUAUAAUACAUUAAAUUGUAUGAAUGUAUGUCUGUAGUAUGUACGAAUAUGAAUUUUGUAAUAUUUUCUGUUUAUUAACAUUAUUAAUUAAAAAAGUUGUUUACUCCGAUUAAAGCUUUAAUAAUAAAAAUGUUAUUCUUAAUUAGAGUUCUAAUAAAUACAUGAAAAUGAUUAAA